AUGGGGAACUCAGGCUCUCAGGUCAGCAGCUAUGUUGCUGCGGACUACUAUCCUGCCCCAUACGGCGGUUGGGUUGGUGACUGGGCAGAUAGCUAUGCGAGAGCUCGUGAGCUAGUUGAGUCGAUGACACUGGCAGAGAAAACAAACAUCACCUCUGGAACGGGCAUCUACAUGGGUAUGAAUCUCGUCAUUCUUGUCAUCCACGUUGCAUCUAACGAAUUAUCUUCUAGGCUGUGUCUAGGCGAUGCUGCCAACGGAGUUCGUCUCGCCGACUUCGUCACCGUCUUCCCCGCCGGCAUUACCACUGGCGCCACUUGGGACAAGGAUCUCAUGUACUCGAGAGCCGUUGCCAUGGGAAAAGAGUUCCGUGGAAAGGGUGUGAAUAUCUACCUUGGCCCUUCCGUGGGUCCGCUUGGUAGAAAACCGAAAGGAGGGAGAAAUUGGGAGGGAUUUGGUGCCGAUCCCGUCCUGCAAGCGACGGGCGCGUCCUUAACUAUCAAAGGCGUUCAAGAGCAGGGCGUGAUUGCCACGAUCAAACAUUUUAUUGGUAAUAAACAGGAGAUGUAUCGCAUGUACAAUCCGUUUCAAACUGGCUACAGCGCCAAUAUUGAUGACCGAACCCUCCACGAACUCUACCUGUGGCCCUUCGCAGAAGGGGUGAACAAUUCGGCCUGCAGCCAGAAUAGCAUGCUUAUCAACGGCAUCCUAAAAGAUGAGCUUGGAUUCCAGGGAUUCGUCAUGUCAGAUUGGCUUGCCCAUAUGUCUGGCGUUGGUUCAGCUUUAGCCGGGCUAGACAUGAACAUGCCAGGCGACACUCAGGUCCCACUCUUUGGUUAUAGCUACUGGAUGUACGAUCUAACUCGCUCAGUUUUGAAUGGAUCGGUUCCUGUCGACCGACUAAAUGAUAUGGCGACUCGUAUCGUGGCGGCCUGGUACCGCUUCGGCCAAGACGACGGUUUCCCAGAGCCAAACUUCUCCACCACGACUCGGGACCGCGAGGGAGAUCUAUACGCUGCUGCCUGGCCAUUUUCUCCGCGCGGGGUCGUGAAUGAGUUCGUCGAUGUUCAAGAAGACCACUACCUUGUCGCUAGGCAAGUGGCCCAGGAUGCUAUCACCCUGCUCAAGAACGAUGGCCCGUUGCUGCCUCUAUCAACUGAUCGGCCUAUCAAGGUCUUCGGCACGGGUGCUGCUGAGAAUUCCGAUGGACCCAAUGCAUGUUCAGACCGCAACUGUAACAAGGGAACACUUGGUCAGGGGUGGGGAUCCGGAACAGUUGAUUAUCCUUAUCUCGAUUCUCCCAUCGAUGCUCUUAGGAAGAAUGCAAAGGAUGUCACGUUUUACGACACUGACAAGUUCCCCGGCGUUCCCACGCCUGGGGCGGAUGACGUCGCCAUCGUAUUCAUAACUUCCGACUCGGGAGAGAAUACCUACACAGUGGAAGGAAAUCACGGCGACCGUGACGGCUCCGGGCUUUACGCCUGGCACGAUGGAGAUGCCCUCGUGAAAAAGGCCGCCGAAACCUACGCCAACGUGAUUGUGGUCGCGCAAACGGUUGGGCCUCUCGUCUUGGAGCGGUGGAUUGAUAUGCCGAGUGUUAAAUCCGUUCUGUUCGCCCAUUUGCCAGGACAGGAGGCCGGGGAAUCCCUGACGAAUGUUCUUUUCGGCAAGGUAUCGCCUAGUGGACACCUUCCCUACAGUAUCACCAAGCAGGAAUCCGACUACCCAAGUAGCAUCACAGAUCUGGUGACUGGCUCUGGCGUACAAGAUGACUAUGUCGAAGGAUUAUAUAUCGACUACCGAUACUUGAACAAAGCCGGCAUCAAACCUCGUUAUGCCUUUGGCCACGGACUUACCUACACAAAUUUCUCCCUCACAAAGCCUGCAAUUACCAAGGUCGCCAAACUCAGCGCUUUACCUCCAACUAGACCUGCAAAGGGAAAUAUUCUCGAUUACUCCGGACCUGUCCCGGGCGAGUCGGAGGCAUUGCCCCCUGCUGGAUUCAACAAGAUCUUUCGAUACAUCUACUCUUGGCUCCAACCUGAUGAAGCGAAAAAUGCAGUCAAGGACCGCCAGACGAAGACUUACGAUGCAUACCCCCGUGGCUACAGCACAGAGCAGAAGCCCGGCCCGAGAUCUGGAGGCGACGAAGGAGGGAAUCCUGCUCUGUGGGAUGUCGCUUACAAGAUUUCUGUCACUGUUACUAAUUCCGGGGCAAAGCACUCCGGCAAGGAAGUCGUGCAAGCAUACGUGCAAUUUCCCGACAACAUCCCCUAUGAUACCCCCAUUACCCAGCUCCGAGACUUUGCGAAAACCCGGGAGCUGGGACCCAAUGAGAGCCAGGUUGUUGAACUCCAGCUUACGCGCAAGGAUAUCAGUGUCUGGGACGUAGAAGUACAAGACUGGAUUAUCCCUAAUGUGGAUGGGAGAUUCAAGGUGUGGAUUGGCGAGGCAAGCGAUCGGUUUUCUAUUGUUUGCUACACAGAUCAGUUGAACUGCGAGGCGAACGUCGAGCACCCGCUUUAA